AUGGAAUUUAAUAUCGAUAACACAUUGAGUCAUAAUAACAAACAAAAAUCUAACGAUGAAGAAGGUGAACAACCUAAACCAAAUUCUGGUUCAAAAACCAAAGUAAAAUUUGUUUAUGGUGAUGAAAAAAUUUAUGAUGAGGAGUUCGAUGAAAUAAAUGAAUUUAUAUACGAUGAUGAGAAAACCAAAUUUGUUUACAAUGAUGAGAAACCUGAAGAAGAGAUUAUUUUUGGCGAAGAGAAUACUGAGUUUACUUCUGAGGGCGAAAAAAUCAAGUUUAUUUAUGAUGACGAGAAAACUUACAAUGAUGAAAAAACUGAAGAGAAUAUUAUUUAUGGCGAUGUGGAUACUGAGUUUAUUUCUGAGAAAGAAAACAAGUUUAUUUAUGGUGAUGAGAAAAAUGAAAAACUUCAAUUUAUUUACGAUGAUCAGUUUGUUUAUGAUGAUGAAAAAACCGAAAGCGAUGAGUUUAUCUAUAGCGAGGAGAAAGAGGAGAAAACUCAGUUUAUUUAUGGCGAUGAGCAAUCCGAAGAUAAGUUUGUUUACAGUAACAAUGAUCCAACUUGUGAUAAAUUUGAUUAUGAAACCGAAUAUUACAUUGAUAAACAACCUGAUGCAUAUGAAGAAAAAGCUGAAGGAAGACAUUUGGUUUACAGUAAUGUUACUUCCACGUCAACUGUAUAUCCUAAAAAAUCUCAUAACGAUUCAUAUAACAGCACUGAGAAACCAAAUGUUCAAUAUAAGGGCAAGAACAAGAGUACUAUGUCAGAACAAGGAAAUAUUAUUAAUGAUUCAAAUGAAAUUCUUGGAGAGAAAUCAAAAUAUGAACAUAAACCUUUGAAUAAAGAACGAUUUACUGAAAUGACAGCUGAGUCGAUCCAGAUUAAACCGAAUCUAAGUAAUGAAUCGAGUGCGGGCAAUUCAGAUGUCAGCUCAAACAACGAAAUACUCACUAAAAAGCAAAGGAGGCUUCUUAAUAAACAAAAAAGUCAAGUUGAGGAGCAAGCUAAGGGAGAAUUUGUUGAAAAACGAGAACAUGCUGAUGAUAAGCAAGUUAAGGGUAAAGAACGAGAAUUAACUGAUGAAAAGCAAGUCAAGGGUAAAAUUGUUGAAAAACGAGAACAUACUGAUGAUAAGCAAGUUAAGGGUAAAGAACGAGAACGAACUGAUGAAAAGCAAGUCAAGGGUAAAAUUAUUGAAAAACGAGAACAUGCUGAUGAUAAGCAAGUUAAGGGUAAAGAACGAGAACGAACUGAUGAAAAGCAAGUCAAGGAUAAAAUUGUUGAAAAACGAGAACAAGCUGAUGAUAAGAAAGCUAAGGGUAAAGUUGUUGAAAAACGAGAUCAAGCUGAGAAUAAAUUUGUUGAGAUAGUAUUUCAUUUGCAUUUUCCUAAGGCAAUUACUGGGAACCUUUUUGUAACUGGUAAUAUCAAUGAACUUGGCAAUUGGAAUGAACUUAUAGUUAAACUUGAUCAAUAUAAGCGAGGUAUUGCUCAACGGUAUGCAGCCACUUCUUAUUGGUAUUCGAAAACUGUUCGUAUUCCAAUUGUAAGAUUUCAAAAUGUUGUUAGAUAUAAGUAUGCAGUAUUGGAAUCAAGAAAAUACGGUAAAAGAAACGAUACGCGCGUAAAUUAUGAAGGGAACAACGACAAGGACAAUCGUGUGCUAGAAAUCCAUAAUCAAAACCAAUUUGAUAUUUGGAAAAAUAACUCUAUUCACGGUGGACGAGUCACUGAUUAUAUGUUCUUGAAAGUAAUUUAUGAUUCAGUAAGUUUAGAAAAUUUGAAGGAAAAAAUUUUAGAAUAUGACAGUAUUUUAAAACAGCAUCAGGAAUUUACUUUAGCCGAAACAAAUAUUCAAUUUAUUAGCGAGCAUGCAUCGGAAUGGAGUACUAGUAUUGCUAAACGGCAUUUUUUAUGUUUCCUUUUAGGACAUUGUCGUCAUAAUAUUACUGGAAAAUUUGAAUUUCCAAAAAAUUUUAAUUCGACUUCUUUUCUCAAAACUGCUUUCAAAGUUCAAGCAACCACAUUCCCAUCCGAUAAUAUGCGUAUCGUAUUAAAAGGAAUUGACUAUUUAAUUCAUCACAAUAUCGAUAACGGAUUACUCGACUGGCUCCCUAUCUUUACCUUGGCACCGUUAAUCGACCAACAAUAUAAGUUUAUGGAAACAAUAUCUCUUGCUAAGUGUGAUGAAAAGUAUGUCGAAAGAUGUUUCGAAAUUAUAUUGAAAAAUAAAUUUGGACUAAUGAAUGAAAAUACUUAUAUUAGAGUUUUUAAGUGGUUGUUUGACCAAUGCAACAACAUGAAAAUGUUUUCAAACAUUUGGCAAUCAAUUAAUCAUUCUGAUAAGUUUGACACGCAGCUUCAGCCCUAUUUGGUAGGAAGAAUCGAAAAACAUAUAUCUAAGGAUGAUCUUGUUGGUUUACACAAAAGUUUUAUCGAGAUUCCCGAAGAUAUUGGAAGUUUAGUCGCUAAACCAUUUAGAGAAAGAACUCUUCAUUUAUUGACUACUAGCCGUAAUUCAAUUUGGGAACAAUCUCGUUCAGAUUCGCUUUAUUUUCUUUUAAAUUCCGCAAAUUUACGUUGGACAAAAGAUGAAUAUAUUAUCGUAUUGGAAACUUUGUCAAACUUAGAAGAAUAUCAGCUAUUAAGCGUGUUUCCAUUUUUGUUAGAAAAUUGGAUUGUUAAAUCCAAAGAUACUAAAGAUGAGAAAAUAACUCAAAUUUGUAUCCAAUGGUAUAAAAACCUUCUUAAAAAAAUGUCUCAGAUAUCAUCCAAUUCAGCCGCUCGUGAAGUAGAAUUUAUAACCUCAGUUUUUAAGAAAUUGUCAAUGGUCUGUUCAGUAAUUAAUGAUCAAACCAUCUUGGAUAAAUUAAUGGAUAUGACGUCCUAUCGUAUCAACCAAUGUUUGGAAAGAAGCAUUUUUGCUGCUACAGUUGGAGUUGCAGAGUUUGACCAAUUAGUGUGGCGCGCUUUUACGAGAGUUAUUAAAGGAAAGAUUGAUUUUAUGCCAAUAAACCAUGACGAAUUUUUAUUAAAGAAAAUGAAAACAGUUUGUGGUUCAACCGGAAAUACUGAAAAUUUUCAUUCUCACUCACUUGUGCAAGAAGCUGGAAAAGCCAUUAUCAAGUUAACUACUAUGAUUAAUGAUAGUUCUAUCGAUCUUCUUCUUCUUCAGAAUUUACUUAAAAAAAACAAUGAUGAACUUCAUUAUUAUUUAAAUUCUGCAAAUUUUAUCAGAAAUGAUAAAGAAAUAAUUACUGUAGAUACAUUGGCUAAAGUUCGUCAGGAUUGUCAACUUUAUGAAAAAAAAUUGAAAAAACUUGACAAUUUUUAUAAAAAAUUUUGUCCAUAUCAAAAAGCCAAUGAUGUGCAAAAUUAUCUUGAUGAAUUAAGAAAGCGAAGCAAAAAUUUGGAUCACGUUUCACUAAAAGAAUCUUUAUCAGAAGAACAUUGGAGCUUUCAUAAAGGGAUCAUGGCAACAGCAGAUGUUACAGAUCAAUUCAACAAUUCUCAAACAUUUUAUAACGUUUUUGAAGAACAAUUUAACCUUUAUGAAUCAAAUGAAGAGAUAGGGGUUGAAUUUAUAGCAAACAAAUUAAUGCAAGAUAUUGUGAGAGAUUAUAAUGAUAUAUGUAAGAAUUACGAAAAUUGGGGAAAACUCAAAUAUUCCAAGGCAAUUUCAUUUUGGCGAAAUGUUUCUAAUUUCGAUGAUGAAAUAGAGUUAAUGAGUCGAAUUGGAACAAUUGAUAAAAGUGAGAAAUUCAUGAGAACGAUUAGGUAUCUUUCCGAAGUUAAAGUUUGGAUUGAACGUUUAGAAUAUUUAUCAACUUUACUUGUGAUUUUCGAAGUGUCUCAAGACUGGCUUGGAAAUGAGAUUUCAAGUUUGAAUGAUCAAGAUUUAAAUUUGAGUACAUUAAGUAUUUCCUUUGAAAAUUUAGAUGAAAAAUUUUAUAAAUUCAAUCCAAACAUUUGGGCAUUGAUUAAGGAAUUGUCUCAAUCCGAAGAAUUUAUUGGAUUCUUAACAACUAUAGCAGAACAUGACAUGAAAAAUUUGAUUAAUGGUGUCGACGAGCACUCGGAUACAAGAUUGAUUCAAGAAGAUACAGUUUCUUCACUUAUUCAAGUUAAGCAAUUCUUGAAUCCAUUAAUGACUAAAGCAAAUUUAACUUUGGACGCGUUUGUGAAAGAGUUAAAUGAGAUUGUUAACCAAAAUCCUUCAGCAACGAGUAAAUUAACAUUAUGUAAUAGCUAUAAUAUGGCUUUGCAAAAUAUGUAUAAUACCAUAUCUAAUCGUGGUGAAGUUACAAAGGAAAAGAUCCAAAAUGCUGUAAAUAUUGGUACAUAUGAAUUUGUUAAAGAGGAAAAGAAUGAGGAAUGCAUUUUGACAUUGUCAUAUGUUUCUAAAUCAGAAACGAUGAAGUACGGUAUAAAUGAGUUACAAGAUUUACGUGGCAGAGCGCUUUUAAUUUCAAAGCCUGGUGGCUCUUUUGGACAAGUUGAUGAUGUCAAGAACAAAAUGGAUGAAUUUGUAACGCAAGUUGAUUUGGCUCAAAAUAUAAUUACUUUAGCGAAAAAGUUAACACAAUUAGGUCAUUUUGGAUAUCGAAAAUAUAAUGAAAAAGCUAAAAGCACCAAACAAUUAGACAAAAUAGUAGAAAAUUUAAAAAAAGAAUUGGAUAUCUGUAAAGGAUUUAGUUGUAGGAAAGGCGAUUAUUAUCUUAUUUUAAAAGAGAUUGGUGAAAGAUUGGAAAAUAUAUUUGGAACCCUUCAAAAACAAACACGACCAAUAAAAGAUUCUGGGGAACGCAUAAUUUCAGAUGUAGUGAAACGUGGAGAAUUAUUUGUCGCAGCUUGCGAUGAUAAAUCGAAAGUUCCUAAUAUAAUAAUGUCAUUUUAUGCCAAUCAUGGAUCUUAUCCAGAACCUUGGCAACUUUUAAUGUGUACGACAUCAACUACAGAAGAAGAACUUUCAAUAUUUAUCAAAAGAUGUUUUUUUGCAUCGAAACAUGGUUAUGAAAAUCAUUUAUUUUGUAUUGCGAAUUUAGAGUCACUGGAUUUCGAAUUACAAUAUGAUUUAGUGAAUAAUAUAAGAUCUCUUGUGGAAAAAGUAAAUGAUUACUAUUUAGCAUUGAUAUGUUAUUCCGAACCUGGCGUGCAUCAUCAUAUUUUGGACCAAUUUUCUGAAAAUGUUCAUCCUUCUAAUGGACUUAGCACUAAAGCAAUGAAAGCGAUUUAUCGCGAAAUAUGUUUAGAUGUUACGUGCGUAACUUCGGAUUUAUCUGGACUAGGAAAAACCGAAUGGAUUAAACAAGAGAGUUAUAGAAAACACCUAAUUCCUAAAACUUUUCCCAUAAGUGACGGAGCAAGUUAUAAUUCACUUACAAGACAGCUUAGGGAUUUCCGUAUUCGAGAUUUUGAUAGCCUUCAUAUAAACAUAAUAUCCGCUGAUAACCCUGAGGAAGUUAAUUUAUUUUUAUUUCAACUAUUAACUUUGGGAAUCGUUUCAAAUAACACAGAUAUAGCAAGCCUUCCAAACACGAACAUUUUUAUUGAGAUAGCUUCUAGUGUUGAUCAACACUUGCUCAAAUCCCUUCCAUUUAUUAGUUGUUUAGAUAAACCCAAUUUAAUAUGGCAUAUUAAUAGAUUGAUGGUAUCCCAAGAAAUACAUAGUCCAAUUCAAGUUGUUUGUCAUUAUUUAAAUAGUUAUGAAGAGUUGGAGCUUGAUAGGGAAGAUAUUUUAUUCCGACCACAAUUGUCCACCGACAAUGAAAACAUUGUUAGAACACCGCUUCCACCGAAAUUAUGUCAAAAACUAUUGGAUAAAUACUUCUUUCAAAGAAUUGAUUCUAAUAUUUCAUCUUUUCGUUUUUUAGAAAUUUUUAUAAAUGUUUUCGCAGAUCAAUUAAUUAGAUUAUCUGGAAGUUCAUUCUUUGAAGUUCAUCAUUUAAGUCUGAUGACUCAAGAAACCAAUAUCCGAACAACAUUAUUUGAUACAUUACUCCAAGUUUCAAAGGAUUUUGCUACAAAAUCAAUUCAGACAAAAUCUGCACAAUUACAAGCAGUUACACAAGAUCAAGGACAAGAGGAGCAAGAAUUAGCGAAUUUGGUUCAAUGGGAUGAUUCUAAUCAUCUUUUGGUAUUUUUUAUGUCUCAACUCCCAGACUCGAUUUGUGCUUUAUAUCGCGACAAAUCAAAAGUUCCAAUCAAUGUUCAAAAUUUAUUAAAAAGUCAAGAUAUCGAAAAGGAAUGGAAUUUAGUAGAUUAUCACACAAUGUCAUCGGAACAAUUAUUAUUGACUUUAGAACGUUUAGCACGCAAAACAAUGCAUAAUAUUAAAUAUCCACCAUAUGCUUUAUCGGUAGAUAAUCUGCUAAAAAUGGCAUUGAUGUUGUUGAGAACAAGAGCUAAUAUUCCUGUAGUUGUAUGCGGUGAGGCAGGGUGCGGCAAGACAAGUCUAAUCGGUUUCUUGGCCAAAGUUGUGGAAGUGGAAUUUAGCGCACUUAAUAUUCAUGCUGGUAUCACAAAGCAAAAUAUCAAGGAUUUCAUGAGAAAAUUUGAUAAAAAAGCACAAGCUAAAGAGACAUGGCUAUUUUUUGAUGAAAUCAAUACUUGUAAUCAUAUAGGAUUGUUGGCAGAUCUUAUUGCUCAUCGAAUGCUUGACGGAAAGCAAAUUCAUCCAAAUAUUCGACUUUUUGCAGCCUGUAAUCCAUAUCGUAUUCGGAACAAAAGUGUUAGUAAUGUUGGAUUAAAAACGAACAAUAUUAGAUUUGAAGAACGAAGUUGCCUCGUCUAUGAAGUUAAACCUCUUCCAGACCAAAUCUUAGAUUACGUAUGGGAUUAUGGUAGAUUGCAGCCAAAAGAUGAACAGACUUAUAUACAAAUAAUGGUACAAGGAUCAUUUGGAAGUUCCAUACUUGCAGAAUUACUAUUUGCAUCACAAGAAUUUAUUCGUAAUGUAGAAGAGCCAUAUAGUGUAAGUUUACGUGAUGUUAAAAGAGCCAUUAAAUUGGUCAAAUUUUUCCAAGAAACUCUUGAAACCCGUCAAAAAGAGAAUAAUAUAUAUCCUGGUGAUUCACCGGACAUCGUUACUCGGUCUUAUAUUUUAGCAUUAGGAUUAUGUUAUAUGUCUCGCUUAUAUGAUCGUGAAUUAAGAAAGAGAUAUCGUGAAACAAUGUGUCAGAUCUUUCUUCGUAUCGAGGAGUAUAAAAAUUUAAAUGAACCCCGUUUUAACGAGAUUAUAAGGGAAGAGCAAAUAGAUUAUAUGACAAGGAUGACGUGUCCGCCAAAUACUGCAUUCAAUGAGGCAUUAUUGGAGAAUGUAUUGGCUAUUAUUGUUUGUAUAUUAUGUAAAGUGCCACUCUUUAUUGUGGGUUCGCCGGGUUCUUCAAAGUCACUAGCAAUCCGACUUGUACACCAGAAUCUUAGGGUUGGGUUGGCUGAAACCAGUCCUUAUAAUCCUCUGAAAGUUCUUCACUCAUUGUUGGAGCCAAGCUAUCCGGCUGAUGGACCUACAGUUUCGGUAGUCGGAAUUUCAAAUUGGCGAUUGGACAACAGCAAGAGUAGUAGAGCAUUAUUAGUGCAAAGACCAAAGUUUGAUUUGGAAGAUCUUGUUGAAACUGCUUUAAAAGAAGCGGAUCCACCACUUUUAAAUAGAUUUGAGAAGCAAAGGAUGACAAUGAACGAUUUCCUUAGCAAAGAGGACAUAGAAUUAGUUUCGCAGUUGGAAGAAUGGACGCGACAAAUGUCAACGAUGGCGGGAUCAAUACAAUCUCAACAUAAAUUUACUCGAAAAGAUUUAUUUAUUGGCUUUAAUGAAGAAGAAACAUUGCAAAGUCUAAUCAUUGAUAUCAAGAAAAACUUCCCUGAUAUUGGAGAAACAGAAGUCCUUGAAAAAUGCAAGGAUGCUUUAGUCGCAAUUGCUACAUCUGAUGGAAUGGUCCGGAUUGAUAAAUCCCCCCUAGAUCCUGAUGAAAUUCAACACUGGAAAAAUAUCUAUUUCCAAGUUCAACAUCAUAACGAUAUAGCAGAUUAUUUUCAGGAUUUGUUGCAUGAACAGAGUAUGGAUGAAGGUCAAAAUGCGGAAUUUCAACUUAUUCACGCAUGUCCCGUAAUUCUUAAUGAUAUUAUUAUGGGUAAUCAUGAUGUUAUAAAUACACAAAAUUUUGAAGAACAUCUCGUUAAUGAAGUUACGAGUUUGAUGCUUAAAAAGGUUAACAAAUGUCUGGAGAAGAAUCAGGAGAUUGUUGAAAUACAACUCGAAAUUAGAAAUAUUUUGAAUCUCUGUGAAAAACUUACAAAUUUUAACAAGACCGAACCUUUUCAAUUGUUACAAAUUUGUAAUGAUCUAUUAACAACCGAACUAAUUCCAUUGAAGUUUAUUAAGGAAAUUAGCAAGGUUGGAGAGGGAGAGGAAAUAUUUUCAACAAAGUUCAUCGUCAAAGUUUUUGAAGCUCUUGAAAACUUCAAUCAAUCCAACGCAAUAUUGUUUGCAAAGCAAUCUUUCAUCAUGAGGAGUUUAGAAAUUAUUCCAUCUGAUUCAAAAUCUAUGUUGGAACUUUAUCAUAUUUUAUUCUUGGAUGAACCCUUCCCUCUUAUGGGGCAAAUCAUUAAGAGUGUUAUUGAAGAAGAAAGCAAUAAAGACGAGACUUUCAACUUCUUUUCAUGUUUAGAUAAUCCUAGAAGGGUGUUAAAUUCACAAAGAUUUGUAAUCAUAAAUAAUUGUCUUGAAACUAAAGCUCUUUUAUUACAUGCAAUUCUUGAUAGAAUGUUUAUAACACCACCCAAGAAUGCGAGUUUGAAGACACCUGAAGAGCGUGAGGAAUGGGAAACGUACUUUGCGCGACAUUAUGUUUUGCCUUUAAUUAAAAAUGUCACAAUUACAACUACUGAAUUCCGUGAAAUUAUGAAAAGUUAUAAACAAACGGGAGGAAAUAAUAGGAUUGGAAAUUUGAAUCAGAGCAGAUUUGACUCAUCUGAAAUCGAUAAUACCGAAUCCAUGUCUGCAUCCCAUAGUGAAUUUUCAUCAAGUUUUGCGGGAUCAUCCGUACCAAUACAACAACAAUUUUCAUCGAAUUCAAAUUCUUUUGCGGGACCAUCUAAUUCAAGUUCUUUUGCGGAGCCAUCAUCGUCACAACGAAGACCUCGUAAAAGAGGUGGAAGAAAGUAUGGAAAAAAUGACGAAGGAAUGAUUAUAAAACAAGAUGAUAUUUUCACAACAAUUAAGGGUAGAGUGAAAGAUAUUAUUAGUCAAGAAAUCAUUGAUACAGAAAUGGAUCAACAAAUCAAAAAUUUGCGACUUAUUAAAGGGUUGCUUUUAGAAUAUUUAGUCAUUCAAAAGGAUGAUCGAGACAUUCUUAUUUCAAACCUUGUUGAGAAAUGCAAUUUGUUUUUCGAAAGUCUUUUGAAAAAUGAAAAAAUCUUUCAUCUAAUUCCUUUCACUAUUACUUUUGCGAUCGUACAUCUUACCGUCUUGAGAGAAUCCUUUAAAUUAAAAAUGUCAAACGUUGAUGAGGUGAAAAGAAUUAUUUCUCGUUAUAAAAACCAUUUUUCGGAUUCGUUUCAUCAAUUCUUUACGUGGAGGAUGAAUCAAAUAACAACAAAAACCUCGAUUUCAAAUGAUUUAAAUUCAGCAUCGUUCCUUACUAUUCUUGCUAAUGGUGAGGUUAGAGAUAAUAUCAGCAACAAGCUAGUUAAUUAUGUUGCAAAAUCUUCAAAUGAUCAAAUCUUUUUUAAAGUCUUUGAUCUCAUCAAGUUAAGAAUGUUUAAUGAGGCCAAGGCAGAAUUUAUGAAAAUUUUUUUACACGUCUUUUCAUUAGUCAAAUUCUUUCCUGAAAUACCUUGGCAUCUUAAGCCUCUUAAUAUAUCAAGUUUUUGGGUUGGUCCAUACGGAAUUGAUACGUUUCCUGAUGGUUCACAUAAUUUGGAAGAUAAUUAUAGAUUUCUUUAUAAUUUAUCUGAAGAUGAUCCUGGAAUUAUCACAAAAAUUAUAUUAAGACAUGGUACUGUAAUUGACUUUAUUCAAGCUUAUUAUAAAGAACUUAGAAAUGAUGAAAGUUCUAGAGCGGGAAAGAAAAUUGGUGGAAAAGGUGGAAGUGAACAUAUAGUUUCAGAUCUAGAUAAUCAUUCGAAAUAUAUCGUUGCUAUCAAUCUGAAGUUUGGUCGUGGACUUCUUUCUGUUAUAGAAUUUACUUUUAAUGAUGGUAAAUCUACCGGACCAAUCGGAAUACCCGAUGUUCCAAUAACUGGAACUGUACAAAUUGGCCCAUUUGGAAAUCAUAAUGAAUUUAGAUUAUCAGGAAUUAUUGGAGGUGGAGGAAGGUUUCACGCUAAUGAUAAUCGUGAAGAAUAUGUCGCUCAUAUAGCAUUUCAAUUUCAAUAUAUUGAGUCUCUUUGA